AUGACUUCUAUCAAACAUUUGAGUGUCAAAGAUGUGCACCAUUUAUCUGAUAAGAACAAAGACUCUAUUGAAAUUGUACAGUUAAGCAGGAAUGGUUCAUUGAGCGAAUCGGAGAACGAUGAAGAAGAGCCUAAUACUCAAUCUGCUUUGGUUAUUACAUCUUUUGAUGAACCAUUGAAGUUGAGCAAGAUUCCGAUCCCAAAAUUAAAUGAUCACGAUAUCCUUGUACAAAACAAAGCUAUUGGAUUAAAUCCAAUUGACUGGAAGGCCAAAAAGUAUCGAUUUGGUGUAUAUAGUUUCCCUUGGAUCAAUGGGAGAGAAAGUAGCGGAGUUGUAGUCAAAUUAGGCUCCAAGGUAAGCAAUUUUGAGAUAAAUGAUAGCGUAAUUGUCAGCAGUACGAGCUAUAGAGAUAAUAGAACAAGUACUUUUCAAGAAUACACCGCUAUUGACUCAAGAUUGGUCUGGAAGUUACCGAAAUUCCUCAGCUAUGAAGAUGGAGCAACUUUAGGAGUAGGAUUGGUGACGGCAGGUACCAUUUUAAACAAAAGUUUCGACUUAUCAUUGGUUGCUUCAGAAGCUAACAAGGGCAAAACUUUGAUAAUCUGGGGUGGUUCCACCGUUGUCGGGAUUUAUGUUACACAAUUGGCCAAAAUAAUUGGAUUGAAUGUCAUUUCUAUAUCUACAAUCGAUCAUAAAGAAUAUUUAUUGACACUAGGAGCUGAUAAAGUCAUCGACCGUAAUUUGGAAACUAAGGAAUUAAUUGAGCACAUUCCAGACAAGAUCCACUUUGCCGUCGACUGCAUUUCGAAAGAGACUUCCUUGAAAUUGAUUGACAUUUUAGUCAACAAAUCUGUUUUUAGUGACCAUAAACCACUAUUUUCCGGUAUAGUAGGUAUUCCCAAGGAUGUACCAUCACUGAUUGAAGUGAAGGAAGUAAUAAUUAAGCAAUUUCAUGAAGACAUUGAAUAUGGGAGUAAAUUUGUUCAAGUUACUUCAGAACUUCUACACGCGAAGAAGCUUAUUCCUAUUCGCUUUAAACACUUCAAUGACGGUGGGUUAGACUCAAUUACCAGUGGUCUAACAGAUUUAGAAUUGACUGGUGCUAAGGCCGAGAAGUAUGUUGUGUCUUUAAAGUAA